UGGUUUCGCUUAGUUAAACGCGAACACUUACGGACCCUUGACGUCCGCGUACUGAAAAAAAAAGCCUGUGUAAAAAACAAAACGGAGGACUCGCCGGGCAAUGACUUGCGUAGAAUAGUUUCUAAAAAGUAUCUGCAAAAUGAGUUCCUCCGGUGGUGAUAAGCACCAGUACUUAGCUGCCUUAAGUGUGAACAUAAUUACCAUAUCGUAUGGCGCAUUUUGCGGUUGGCCGUCGGCCAGUUUUCUGGAACUGUCAUCAGAGAAUAGUCCCUUGGAAACAGGACCUCUAACAUCAAAGGAUCAGGGCUGGGUGGCAUCGAAUAUAUGUUUGGGUGGCUUGUUCGGGACCUUUUUGUUUACGUGGUUGGCGGACAAAAUUGGCAGGAAAUGGAGUCUACUGUGGAUGGCUCUGCCGAACUUGCUGGGUUGGAUAAUAAUUCCCUAUGCUCGCAAUCCGAUGCACUUAAUCAUCGCCCGAUUCAUUGGAGGAGCUGCUGGCGGUGGUUGUUUCACAGUGAUACCCAUUUAUAUAGCUGAAUUGGCGUCUGACAGUAUUCGCGGCAUUUUGGGUGUCUUUCUGGUGCUCACUUGCAACUUUGGCGUCGUAUUGGCAUUUGUCCUCGGCUACUACUUCAACUAUGCCCAAGUGUCCUGGAUUGUCUCUACGUUGUCCUUCGUGUUUGUGGGCUGCUUCUGGUUCAUGCCGGAGACACCGCAGCAUCUGGCCAAAGUGAAUAAGAUUGAGGAGGCUGAGCACUCUCUGCGGUAUUAUCGCAACAUUAAGUCCAAGCCGGCGAAGGAGCUGAGUGAGCAGGUGAAACUGGAAUUGCAGAAGCUGAAAACCACCGAGAAACCUGGCGGGAAAGUCGAUAAUGACGAUGGUCAAGCUGGGGGGGUGACUUGGGCAGAUUUUGCUGAGGGCAAGACCCGCAAGGCUCUUCUCAUCGGAUUUGGACUGAUAAGCUUUAACCAACUGUGUGGAUGUUUUGCCAUGCUGAACUACACGGCUGUGAUUUUCGAGCAGGCCGGAUCCAGUUUGCCGCCCACGGUGGCUGCCAUUAUUGUGGGAACGAUUCAGCUGGUGGGCACCUAUGCCUCCACGAUUCUGGUGGACCGAUUGGGCCGGAAGAUACUGCUGCUGGUGUCGGCCGUGGGAAUCGGACUGGGCCAGAGUGCUAUGGGCACGUACAGCUACUUCCAGGUGCUUGGCUACCAGGUGGCCUCGUUCAGUUGGGUUCCCAUCGCCGGAUUCUCGUUCAUGCUCCUCCUCGCUGCCAUCGGACUGCUGUCCUUGCCCUUCCUGGUCAUAUCGGAGAUAAUGCCGCAGAAGAUAAGGAGCACUGCGAUAAUGAUGCUCAUGUCGGUGCUCUGGUUGAUUUCCACCUGUGCCAUCAAACUAAUGCCGAUGUUCACUGAGUCCCUGGGAAUGCAUGGAACCGUCUUCAUGUUCGCCAGUUUAUCCUUUGCAGCAGCCAUUUUCAUUGCCAUCUUUGUGCCCGAAACCAAGGGCAAGACAGUUGAAGAUAUCUUGGCCAGCCUUUAGUAUUAGUAAUUUAAAUAAAAAUUGAUUGUUAUUGUUUUCAAUAAAAUAUGAAAGAAAA